UGCAAUAAACCGCGCCAACGUGCUGAUCGCUGACGUCGCCGCACCGCGAGGUGAACACGUUGAUCAUGACGCAGGCAAGAAUCUCAUCGUUUUUCGCUGGGGUGUCGACUGCAGCGUCUCAGAGGAAAACACAACCUCAGAUUUUGUCAAAAGUGAACGAAGAUGUGGAUCUAGAUGAGAUGGCGUCAGCUAAGAAACGCACAAGUAAACGCGUAUUUCAAGAAGAUGGUGAGGAGGAGGAGGAUAUGUCCCGGAUGAAGGAGGCAAAACUACAGGAAACUGUGGAAACGACGGAAAAUGAAUCAAUGGAGAUAGUUGCCGAGAGUGGACUGAAGGAGGAUCUGAUUAAUGGUACGAAAACAGAAGGUGAGGCGCUUGAUGUUGGGCAGAAUAAAGAAAUAGAGGUGAGUGACAAGAAGCAAGCAGAAAAAGCUGUUCAUCCAUUUUUUGGAAAGCGAAGAUGUAAAGCAGUUGAACAGUCAAGCUCACAAACGAUGGCAGACAGCAAAGUCACGGAUGGUGAUCAAGAUGUUUGCAAGAUGGUGACAGACAGCUCUGAUGAUCAUGUUGAUCCAGUUCAAUAUACACCUGACAAAUUUUCAUAUCACCCAGUGAAAGAUGCAUGCUGGCAAUGCAGGCAACAGUUGCCGUAUUUGGCGAUUUGCAGAACGUUUGAAGCAAUUGAAGCUACAUCUGGCAGGCAUAAGAUUAUAUCACUGCUGUGCAACCUGUUUCGCUCGGUGAUUGCCUUGUCUCCAGACGAAUUGCUACCAUGUGUUUAUUUAUGCCUCAACCAAUUGGCUCCAGCUUAUGAGGGACUAGAGCUAGGAGUUGGCGAAACUAUCCUAGUAAAGGCAAUAGCCGAAGUCACCGGUCGCAGUGCAAAGUCAGUCAAAGCAGAGAUCGCAAAGAAGGGCGACCUGGGAAUAGUGGCAGAGGCCAGUCGAACAAACCAACGAAUGAUGUUCACGCCACCUAAACUGACCACUUCCAGCGUCUUAAAGAAACUGAAGGAGAUUGCCCAGUUAACAGGGAGCGCUUCGAUGUCAAAGAAACUGAGUCACAUCAAAUCGAUGCUCGUAGCAUGUCGACACUCAGAAGCAAGAUAUCUCAUGAGGUGGUCCGUCUUACUCACAUUUGACUGCAACAGCGUGUCAUCCAGAUUUGACUAUUUUCGUAGAUCUUUAACUGGAAAGUUGAGAAUAGGUCUCGCUGAGCAGUCAGUAUUGACAGCUUUGGGGCAUGCAGUGGUGUUAACACCUCCAGCUUCAGAGUUGCCUCUUACCGUUGUGGAUGCCAGCAAAGGUGUUGCUGCUGAGAAAUUCAAGGAAGAACUGGAUCGUGGGGCAUUGACUGUGAAAUCAGUGUACUGUGAAUUGCCUUGUUAUGACAAAAUCAUUCCCACUUUACUUGCACAAGGCCUAAAGGCACUACCAGAGGAGUGCAAGCUAACACCGGGCAUUCCUCUCAAACCUAUGCUCGCCCAUCCAACCAAAGGUGUAGCGGAAGUUUUCAAACGAUUUGAGGAUGCAGCCUUUGUGUGUGAAUACAAAUAUGAUGGAGAAAGAGCCCAGAUACAUAUUUUAGAAGAUGGAGAUAUUAAAAUCUACAGCAGAAACCAAGAAAACAACACUUCCAAGUAUCCUGACGUUAUAUCCAGGAUACCAAAGGUGUUGAGACCAGGAGUCACUUCCUGUAUCAUUGAUUCAGAGUCAGUUGCCUGGGACAGAGACAAAACACAGAUACUGCCCUUUCAAGUGCUAAGCACUCGGAAGAGGAAGGAUGCUGAUGUUUCACUAAUCAAAGUCCAAGUUUGUGUAUUCGCGUUUGACUUGCUGUAUCUCAAUGGGCAGUCUCUUGUGAAGGAGCCGUUGGAAAGAAGAAGAGAGCUCCUUCACUCAUCGUUCAAUGAGAUAGAAGGCGAGUUCAUGUUUACCAAAAGUCUUGUUUCAGCCGGUACUGAUGACAUUGCUUCAUUCCUUGACCAGUCCAUCAAAGACAGCUGUGAGGGUUUGAUGGUGAAAACACUAGCAACUGAUGCAACAUACGAGAUUGCCAAGAGAUCUCACAACUGGUUGAAGUUGAAGAAAGACUACUUGGAAGGGGUAGGUGAUACUCUGGAUCUUGUGGUGAUAGGUGGCUACCAUGGUACAGGCAAGCGGACUGGAUGUUAUGGAGGAUUCUUACUAGCGUGCUAUGACAAUGAAAGUGAACAAUUCCAAAGUAUUUGCAAGAUCGGUACAGGCUUCUCAGAUGAAGAUCUAACAAAGCACACUCAAUUCUUGAACAGCCAUGUCAUUCCCCAGCCAAAGCCAUACUACGCAUUUGGCUCCAGUGUGACUGCGGAUGUAUGGUUUGACUCAAUCCAGGUGUGGGAAAUCAAGGCAGCCGACCUGAGUUUGUCGCCCACGCACAAAGCAGCAAUAGGGAUUGUUGACUCUGACAAAGGCGUCUCUUUGAGGUUUCCUCGCUUCGUUCGCAUCCGAGACGACAAGAAGCCAGAGGAGGCGACAAGCGCCGAACAGGUUGCCAUCAUGUAUCGCAGCCAAGAACUGGUGAGGAACACCAGCGCGGCAGGCGACAGCAAGAUGGAAGGCGGCGGCGAGGAUUUCUACUAGUCACCAACAUGCUGACGAAGCGACACAGUCAACUGCUUGC